AUGCCACCACUACCACCAGACCAACUCAUCUUCCCCGCCUCCCAAGCCGCCCUCCUCGAACCGUACCUCCCCCCUCUUCAUCCCCAAAAUGCCAAUCCAGUCAAUAAACCCUUCACAACCCUAACCUACGCCCACUCCCUCGACGCCUCCAUCGCCACCCUCCCCGGCGUCCGCACCACCCUCUCCGGCCCCCAAAGCAAAGCCAUGACCCACUACCUGCGCACGCGCCACGAUGCUAUCUUGAUUGGAGCCGGCACGGCGGUGGCUGAUGAUCCGGGGUUGAAUUCUAGGGUUUAUGUACACCCCACCUCCUCCUCUCCAUCUACCGCUGCUGAAGUAGGGGUGGGAGGAGGGGGUGAACCUCCAUUAACGUCCCAACCCCGCCCUAUUAUCCUUGACCCGCGGGGUCGUUGGGAAUUCACGGCGGAGAGCAAAGUCAUUCGGUUAGCGGCUGCUGGGAGGGGGCAUGGGCCGUGGGUGGUUGUUGCGCCUGGGACGGUGGUGGAGGAGGGGAGGAGGGAGGUUUUAGAGGAGGUUGGGGGACGGGUUAUUAGGCUGGCUACGGGACAGAAUCAGGAUCAGGACCGGUUCGGGUGGAAGGAUGUAUUAGGGAUGUUGGGCGGGGAAGGGAUAAGGAGUGUGAUGAUUGAGGGGGGUGGGGAGGUGAUUAACUCGUUGUUGGCGGGUGGUGGGGAUGAAGAAGAGGAUGAGGGGUUGGUGGACGCGGUGAUUGUGACGAUUGCGCCGACGUGGUUUGGGCAGGGUGGUGUGGUGGUGUCUCCGCCGAAGCUGAAGGGGGGAGAGGCGUUGCGGUUGAGGGAUGUUAGGUGGUGUCCGUUGGGGGAGGACGUGGUGUUGUGUGGACGGAUUGCGCGGUGA